CUCAUAAAAGCAAAAAAUCAUAAAUAAAGGUCAAAGCUCUUUUGCAUGCGAAGGUAGCAAUAGUCAUGUGAUAGGAAGUGUUUGACAAAAUGAAAAUGAAAACUUUGGCUGUAGGUUUAGGCUUACUGCUUUUCCUUAUACCGUCAUGUGAGGCAUUUGUCCGCUGUUUUAGUUGUUCAACAACCCAUGAUUCACGAUGUGGCGAUGCAUUCGCUUUUACAACAACAGACGCUCUCCAAUGUCAGGGUUCGUGCGUCAAGAGAAGAGGAAUUCGAGACGUCUCAGGUGUAAGGACAGUUGAGAUUACCAGAGGAUGUGAUCCCCAGACUAAAGAUGGUUGUUGGGAUGGGAGUUACAAUGGUAUAUCUGUGUACAUUUGUGCCUGUAACUCAGACUACUGCAACAGCUCCCAGGGACUUUUUGUGUCAAUGCAGCUGCUCAUAUUACUGACCUCACUAUCAGUGUUGUAUAUUACAAAGUCCUGAUUGAUUGAUUGCUUAUUAAUAAGCAAUGGCUACACUUUGUUUAUGUAACUAUGAUGGUCUAAUCAUUAUUGUCUACAUGUAUAUAUUGCAACAUGAAAUUUGCUACCAAAGUUUAGAAGAAAAAAAAACCAUUCAAAUAUAAAUGAUAGUUUAUAUUGAUUUUGAGUGAGAAAUUUUGUUCCUGUGUCGGAAAAAACUGUUGCAAAAUUAUUUUAAGGUUGUUUGUAAGUUUUUUGCAUGGUUUGCACAAGGUACAUUUACAUAUUAAGUGUUUCAUAUCUGCAGAAACAUUAGGAAAUAGCUGUUUGUCUGUUGAAUUUGACAAUAAAUAUCUUGAGAGCUGAGGCUAUCAAACGUACACAUGAAAUACAUGAACAACACUGUCCCUGUAAUGUUGAGUUUAAUGUACUAAGUAUGUUUUUCUAGAUUUGUAAAAAAGUAUUAUUAAACUGUUGCUGUAGCAAUCAAUCUAUUUAUACAAAUCCACAGAUUUUUUUUAUGAAUCUGCAAAAAUUACAUAUAUCUACAAACAUAUCAUGUGACUUGUGUCAUUGAGAUAAGGUUGUGAGAUUGCUUGGAUAUUAUCUGUGAUUUUCUUUUCAUGUCUUAUACAUGUGCUCGAACAUGUGAAUUUAUGUUGUCAUUUUUAUGUAAAGAAUUUAAAUUUCAACCAAACUAUACUUUGCUUAAUGGUUAACUUGAAUAGUACCCCAUUUUCAUUAUUUUGAUCCAUGUAAAAAAGUAAAAAUGUAAAUAUGAAUUUAUAGUUAAAUGUUGUCAAGUGUUUCAAUAAAUUAAGAAGACAAUGGAACCAGUCAUAAUUUAUAAAAUUAUGUAGUUGAGCCAUUUUGUCUAUAUUUUGUGUUUUAAAAACAUUUUUAGAUUUCUUCCAUUGUAAUUGCUAUUUGGGGAGGGGGUUAAAUAUGAUUUUAUGUUAUCAAAUAUAUUUUAUUGUUUUUAUUUUCUAUUUUCUCAUGUUUUUUAAAAAAUACAGGUAUACAAAUAAAUAUAUAUUUUUACA